AUGGUCGAUCUACUUCUUUUUAUCAGCGAAGAUGCAUACUCUUAUAAAAAUUUUCCUUCCAAAAUUAUAUUUUAUACACAAUUCUAAAUAAAAAAUUGCCAAAAAUGAAAUAAAAAUCUCCUAACCUCUAUAAAAAAUUACAGCGCCCUUCAAGGAAUCAGCUCAAAGCAUCUAAUCGAAAAGAAUUUCUCACUAACCUACUCAGAAAUUUCUUCCCUUUAUGUAGAUCUCAACCAAGAGUUUCAGUCCCAGCCCAACAUUGACAUCUGAAAAAUUUACGCAGCAUGCGCUGUAAAUUCUAUUCUUUAUCUCCCCUCCUCCCCUUCUCCAAGCUCUCAAGAGCCUACAUUUACCCCAGAACAUGUUAAUAAUUCUAUAAGCUACUUUAUGUUUUUAUGGGAAAAUUAUCAAUUAGCAUUCCCUGACGCCUAUGAGAGGCUGGCCUCAAAAAUAACUGAGGCAAUAAAUAGUUGUGAAGAUUUCCAGUUAUUAUUAAAAUGAAUUCAACAAGGCGUGUCUUGCAAAGAAAAAUUUAACGUCGAUAUCAGUACGAUAGAAAUGUACGGAGCUAUAAAAUCCAAUGCAGAACUAAUGAAAAACGCGAUCUCAGAUGAUAAAAAUGAAAUUUUAAAAAAUUUAGAAAAUUUAGUAGCAUUAAAAACUUUGAAAAUUGAUCCUGGGAUGAAUACAGACUUAAUUGUUGGAUAUGCACUAAAAUGGAUAGAAGGGACUAAUGAUGUUAAUGGAGACCAGAGGAUGAUAAAUCAACAAGUUAAUCAAGACCCUGAAACAAGUAGAAGCAUGCUGAAAAUCAUAAAGGGGCUUGAAAUAACAGACGAAAAAUUAUUAAGUCUCCCUCCGUGAGCAAACAAAAAAAUAUUGUUCGCUCACGGAGGGGUUAUUUUUUUUAAAAAAAAAAUUAUAUAGAAAUUUAAAAAAAUCCACUUCGCAAAAAUUGGAAACCAAAUAUGAUUUAAUUUGUAAUUUUUAUGUUUUAAAAUGCAACUUGUUUAAAAUUAAAUAGAAUUGGCUCGAGAUUUCAUUAUACUAAUUAUUACUUAUUUUCUAUUAAACAAAUUUUUGUUCGCUGGGUGGGUUUUUGAGAGCAAAAAAUAAGGAUUUUUCUAAUGGUUUUGUUUGCUCACGGAGGGAGGGAGUAAGCAGAAUAGAAUUUAUAAAGAAAAAACUCCCAGAUGCACCUUCUAAUGAAGAAAUUGCCUGAAUUAACCAUCGAAGUCAGUUAACCAUAAUAGCCCCAAAAUAUCUUCAUGCUCAAGUUGAGGUAUAUAAGUGCAGAAUUAUAUGAAAAGGCCAAGAAAUAGAAGCUGCAAUAAAAACUUAUAAAGAUGACAAUGGCAAAAGUUGGGAAAGGUGCCAAAAAGAAGCUGAAAUUUUAUUGAAAUUAUCGGGGAAAUCAAAAUAUUUUUUAAAUUUUUAUGGCUGCUUUGCAGAUGAAAUAAUAGAAAAGGGCCUCAAAAAAUACUGCUCAAAUAUCGUAAUGGAAUUCUGCCCAUGGACACUUACUGAAAUAAUAGCAACUAGACAGAAUCAAAAUCAAGUAUUUACGCCGAAAGAAUUAUGUUCAUUAUUCAUAGACUUAUUAGAAGCUUUUAUACACUUAAUCAUCCAUUUAACAGUGAACACUAUGUUUUGUUUAUUAUAUUUGGAAUAUACCUUAUAAAUUUUUUUAUUUUUAUAAUGCUUCUUUAUCUUAAUUUAAUUGAAGAUAAGUGAAAGCCUUGUUGCUAUCACAGUUAUCAAGGAUUUCAUAGAAUAUUUAUCCACCUUGCAGCGGCACCAGCUAGAGCAUUGACGACUGAGAUGAUUUGCUUGAUAAGCUAGCUGAGAGCAUCACCUUUCUACUUCUUCAGCCUUUGAUGCAUAGAUAGCUGAAUUACCAUUCCUCAUGCCUCUAGUUUUAAGCUGAGUUCUGUGUCCCUGCUUUUGGGAUCGGUGCAAUGCAGGUUUUAUAAAAUUGAAUUUCUGGUCGACCGUCGAAAAAGAUCUGAAGGGGCUUUCCAAAUCAGAGCUCUUCCUUCUACAUCAGGCGAAAUUAUCACUGAAAACGGACUAGGCUGGGCUCGGUGCAUUACUGGAAUUUCUUACCUAGCAUAGCUGCCCAUUUAGAUAGGCAAAGACUUACCGGAUAUAAUUAAAUAUGUGCUUUAGGCUGGCUGCAUGGCGGGAGAGAGACAUAAUAUUUAUUAUUUUUAUAUAAUUUUAAUAGAAAAAUUUAAAAAUUAGAUAAUACUUUGAUUAAAAAUAAAAUAGCUUUAUAAAAAUUUCUCCUAACUCCCCCCCCUCCGUGAGUGAACAAAAAAAUUUUGUUCACUCACGGAGGGGGUUAAUUUUUUUUUUUAAAAAAAUUUAUUUAUAAAUUUUAUAAGAAAUAUUUUUUUCGAAAUUAAAAAAAAUCUAAUUCGCAAGAAUUUGAAAGCAAAUAUUAAUUUAAUUUAUAAAAUUUAUGUUUUAAAAGGCAAUUCGUUUUUAAAUUAAACAGAAUUAGCUCUAGAUUUCAUUAUAUUAAUUAUCAUUUAUAUAUCAAAAUUUUUUUCCAUAAAAAUUUUUUCUAUUAAAACAAUUUUUGUUCACUCACAGAGGGUGGGUUUUUGGGCAAAAAAUAGCGAUUUUUCUAAUGGUUUUGUUCACUCACGGAGGGGGGGGGGAGUAAAUAAAACUUUAUUUUUUCAUACGUUUUUUCUUAUAAUAUAUUUUGAUCGCCAUUGCAAUUGCAGUCAAAAUCAAUUUUUAAAUCUACAUCUAUUUUUUUUAAUUAUUAAAUGCUGCCUAACUCCUCUCUUUAAUCGAAACAAAAUAUUCAUUUUUGUGUAAAUUAAACCCCCUUAAAUAGGAACAAAAUCUCUUAAUUCGUUAGGUAAAAUGACACAUAAAUCAUAAAUAUCCAUAUAAUUUUUCAAUUUUAAAAAUUAUAAUAUAUCUAAAAAAUUGGUAUUUUUGGAAAUUAUAAAUUUAUAUUUUAUGAAAUUUAAUAUAAUUUUUCCAAAAUAAAAUUAAGCCCCUUUAAUAUGGAACAGAAUUUUUUGCUCCGAUUUAAAGGGGAGUAAGAAUAAACAUUAGGAAUAACUUCAUUCAUAUUAUUUGGGAGUUAGCAAGCUUAAAAAUUUAUCACCAGGAUAUAAAGCCAGAAAAUAUUUUAUUACUAAUUAAAUGAAACGCGGAUUUAAUAUCAAUAUAAUUUUAAUAAGAAAAUAUAUCUAUUUGCAAUGAUUAUAUUAGAUUAUUAUAAGUUCGAACGGGUCUUCGGGGUUUAUCUCAAGCCCUCUCUGCCUUAUCGGCUUCAAGUUCCUCGCCUUAGUCCUGAUUUGCACUCACACCCUUUUCUAUUGACGUCACAAAAAAAUUGUGACAGUCAGCAUUUCUUGGGAAGACUUAUCUAGGUACUUCCUUAAACAGCCCUUAGCGGUAGGCAUAAUCUAUCUUGGGUAAGAGAUAGGAUUCGACCCAAUUCUCUUUCUGGUCUCAAUUGCCCUUCUCAUUCAUAAGUAUGGAGUUGUCUUGCGGACUCUAGCCUUCUCGUCUAUGGAUUGGAGUAAAAGCCCAGCCAUGGUGCCCCGACCAGGGAAAAAAAACCACCCCGGACACAAAGUUCCAUGCCCCAUCUCUCUUAAACCCAAAAACUCCAAGGUAUGGUAGAAGGACAGGUCAGAUAAGUCACCAUUCUAUUUGUAUUAUUUUACAAUGAAAAUAAAUAUUUCUUCUUAUUGACUAUUCACAUAUUACAUAUAUAUUAAUCCUCAUGUUUACUAUAAAUGAUCAUAGAGUAUUUUAGGAAUAUUCGCUGACGAGAAUGGCAGUUUGCAAAUAAAAAUUGCUGAUUUCAAUGUUUCAGGACAUUCUGACAGAAUAGAAUAUACUUCAAGCCCGACUGAGGAACAUGGUGUAUAUGGAACAGUAAGCUUUAUGGCUCCAGAAGUAAGAGAACCAUACAUUAAUGGUCAAAAAACAGCCAAGUUUAAGCGAGAAAAAGCUGACGUUUUUUCACUUGGGUUGGUAUUUUACCUUCUCGCAACUUUUAAAAAUAUAUCAAGAUUUAAUGAAAAUCCUUAUAGGAGAGAAGAAGUGCUUCAGGAUAUAGAAACUGACUGGAUUAAGAAUAUAAUAUAUAGCAUGCUGAAUUUUAAUUAUAGAGAAAGACCUUCAUUUAAAAAAGCACUCUCACAAUUGAUGAGUGAAACAACAAGGGUAAGAGAAACCUAA